AUGGCAUUCAUCUCGAGUGUUUUUGGUUGUAUUUGCAGCAAUGCAAGUUUAGAAAUUGGCAAUCGUCAAUUUAGAAUAUUGCGGAAAUUUGCAGAAGGUGGAUUCAGCCAAUUGUUUUUGAUAGAAGAAAUAAAAAAUAAACAAAAGUGGGCAUUGAAAAGAAUUGACUGUCAUUCGGACAUUGAAGUGGAAAGGGUUUUUCGUGAAAUUGAAAUUCAUAAUCAGUUUACAUCGAAAGAAAAUAUUUUACGUUUGGAAUGUUACGUAGAAAACGAUUUGCCGAACAGUUGCCGUUUCUCACUUGUAUUUCCAUUUUACAAGCGUGGAAGUCUUCAAGACGAACUAACACUAAGGCGAGCUGAAAGAAAUUACAUUGAUGAAGGGCGAAUCCUUCGUCUUUUUCAUCAAAUAUGUACCGCAGUUUCUUUUUUGCACUCGCUAUGUCCACCUAUUGCUCAUAGAGACCUUAAACCUGCUAACGUUUUGCUCUCUGAAGAUGAUCGCGCUGUUUUAAUGGAUUUUGGUUCAUCUUGCGCGUGUCCGAUAAUUAUUGAAGAUUCGAAGCAAUCACGACGACAAAUUGUAAAUGAACUUAUUGAUGAGAGUGCGGAAUUAUGUUCGAUGGCGUAUAGAGCCCCUGAAUUAUUUUUUUGUGAUGUUGGCGCCAUGAUCACUCAUUCGUUAGAUAUUUGGUCUCUUGGUUGUCUUUUAUAUGCCUUAUGUUUUUUCUCUUCACCUUUCGAUGAAGUUCACGAACGAGGCGAUAGUAUUGCUUUAGCUGUGCAAUCCGAAAAACUAAAUUUCCCAAAGGACAAACAGAUAUUCAGGAAAGAAACUCUUCAAUUAAUAGAACAAAUGCUCAAAGUAAAUCCACAGAAUAGGCCAGAUAUUUAUACUCUCUUGAAUUCAAUAACUGAGCAGAAAAUGAAACUUUAA